UAACCUUAUAAUGUGAUUGAUUAACUUAGCAUGCCUUUGACAUAACCAAGGAACGAUCGACAACAACAAUCAUCAUGUCUUUAUCAAAUGUUUGGUAAUAAACAUUAUACCACUAAACACCUCUUAAGUGCUUCAUAUUAUUCUCCCAAAACUUUCAUUGUGUUGGUUAAUCUUCUGUUAUCAAUCCAUGGGUAGUAGUUUGUUCGAUCAUGAUGAGUGCGAUUACUUGUUUAAGACAAUUCUGAUAGGGGAUUCAGCCGUCGGGAAAUCAAAUCUUCUAUCAAGAUUUGCAAAGGAUGAGUUUCAUAUCGAUUCUAAACCAACAAUCGGGGUUGAAUUUGCUUAUCGGAACAUUAAGAUCGGAGAUAAGAUUGCCAAAGCCCAGAUUUGGGACACUGCCGGGCAAGAAAGAUUUAGAGCGAUAACAAGCUCAUAUUAUCGCGGCGCAUUAGGCGCAAUGUUGGUCUAUGACAUAACACGAAGGGGAACUUUUGAGAACUUGAGGAAAUGGUUACACGAGCUCAGGGAGUAUGGCAAUCGUGACAUGGUUAUUGUUCUUGUCGGCAACAAGUCCGAUUUGGUUGACUCGAGAGAAGUAGACAUUGAAGACGGUCAAAGUCUUGCGCAACUAGAGGAUUUGUGUUUCAUGGAAACAUCUGCAAAGGAGAACUUGAAUGUAGAAGAUGCAUUUCUACAAAUGAUCACCAACAUAUUUGAAAUUGCAAGUCAAAAGAGCCUUGAAGCUAAGGAAAACGAGGCAACAAAAGUUUUUGAUGAGAGGAAAGAAAUAAUAUAUGUUGUUGAUGAAGUGAGUGCCACUAAACAAACUAGUUGUUGUACAAGUUGAAUAGAUAGUUAUAGAUAUUUGACUUUUUAGGCAAAACAUGGUAAUGUGGACUUUGAAAUUUAACGUUUUGUUUGGUAAA